AAGACAUCACCAUCAUCGCUGCAGUCUGGAUCGGUCCUCACUUUCAGAAAAGGCUGAACCAGUUCAAGUACCAGCGCAAAAAAAGACCACGACUCAGCCUUAAGUCCAUUUGGAAAACGGUUCGGCACCGCGAGACGCGAACCCCGUGUAUAUAGCGCGUCGCGAGCCAGGGCGAAGAUCUGGACUGUCAGCGAGUGGAAAAAAGUAAACGAUUCUCGGAAAAAACGAGGUAAACGUCGUAAAUCCAUCAAAAACUUCUGAUAUAAAGGUAGCAGCGGCUGGAGGAGCGUGGCAAAGUGGGUUUUGUUGGGCAACCGGCUGGAAAUCGCUUAAAAAUUGUGAAUUUAGUGGUUUAUAGUUAAAAAAUAUCUCAAAUCUGUUGGUGAAGUGAAAGACUUGUGUGUCUAGAUGGACAAGGUGCUUCACUUUUGGCGCACUAGUGUGGAUUUCGAAAAAUCAAAUAUAUACAGGGUGAUCGCCUCUUACUGGAGGAUUAAUAUCGCUGUUAGAAUUCUUUUCGAAGUAAAAUAACAACGAUUAAUAUACUUCAGUAGUUCCUUGGGAUCUUCCAAGUCACCUGAGCGAGCAGGACUAACAGCAUGUUCUAAGCGACGUUCUAAUAUGUAAGGACUGGGCCACAGGAUAGUAUAUUCACAGUAGUCAGAGUGAAAACCUUCGAAACCAUGGCCAACAAAUGCUACCUGCUCCUCCGGGCUCUCGGGAUCUACUGGAAGACCAUCUUCGUGAUUGUGUACCCCCUAGUCCUAUUGCCCGUUUUCCUUUGUAACAACACUGCCGCCAUGCGAUGCCUCUUCGUGGUACUCCUGAUGGCGGGGUACUGGGUAUUCGAGGUCCUGCCCUUACCCGUCACCUCGCUCAUCCCCAUGGUGCUGUUCCCGCUGAUGGGGGUGCUGGACUCCGACAAGGUGUCGCUGUGCUACCUAAAGGAGACCAACAUGAUGUUCGUGGGGGGCCUGGUCAUAGCCAUAGCCGUGGAGUACUGCCACCUUCACACCAGGGUAGCCCUGCAUGUUAUCAAACUGGUAGGAUGUAGUCCUCGGAGGUUGAAUUUGGGGUUGGUGACCGUCACUAUGUUCAUAUCCAUGUGGAUCUCCAAUACCGCCGCUACGGCGAUGAUGAUUCCCAUCAUCGAGGCCACCCUGAAGGCGUUGGAGGAGCAGGGUAUCGGUGAGAUGUACGAGAGCACCGAUUUGGAGGAAGAACACCUUGCCGAGAAUGCGGAGCCCGAAGCUAAGAAGCCGACGAAGACGACGAUGUGCUACUUCAUUUCUACGGCGUAUGCCGCCAACAUAGGGGGGUUGGGAUGUAUCAUCGGAUCUGGGACCAAUUUAACUUUCAAAGGGUUAUACGAGACCUUGUUCCCCGACAGUCCAGGUGUCGAAUUCAACAAGUGGAUGAUACUGAACGUGCCAAUCAUGCUCCUGAUCAUGUACAUCUCCGUCAUCUGGCUUCAGGUAUUCUUCAUGGGUCUGUUCAGGCCCAACUCGGUGGACGCCAAGAAGAUCAGGGUGGGCACCCAAGGGGAAACAGUGGCGAGGAGGUUGAUCGGCCAGAAGAUCGAGGAGCUGGGCCCUCUGUCCUUCCACGAGAAAGCUGUAGGGCUGUGUUUCGUCCUCUCCAUUCUUCUGUGGUUCUUCAGGAAGCCUCAGUUCAUAGCUGGAUGGGCGGAGCUGAUCACUCAGCACAAGGUGAAGGAUGCUACUGCAGCGCUCAUAGUCGUCUUCCUCCUCUUCAUCAUACCCGCUCACCCGGAUUUCAUCUACAUCUUCAGUAAGGACGAAUCCAAGCGGCCCAAAAUAGCCUCUAAACCCCUAGUCACCUGGAAGAUCAUCCAGCAGAAGAUGCCUUGGGGACUGAUAUUCCUUCUUGGCGGUGGUUUCGCUCUAGCGGAAGCCUCCAAAGUCAGUGGGAUGAGUCACAUGAUUGCCGAGCAUCUUCGAGGGUUCGCCUCCUUGCCGAAGGUCUACGUCAUGAUGAUUUCUGGAUUAAUGGCCACCAUCUUGACGCAGUUCUCGAGUAACGUAGCCGUGGCUAACGUCGUUCUGCCAGUUCUAGCUGAAAUGUCUUUGGUUGCCAAGAUUCAUCCCAUGUACCUGAUGAUGCCUGCCGCCCUUUGCUGUUCAUUCGCCUACUGUCUGCCGGUGUCCACCCCUCCCAAUGCUAUAGCGGCAGCUCCUUGCAGUAUGCCAUCGACAGAGAUGGUCAAAGUAGGUCUUGGGAUGUGUAUCAUCUCUAUGGGCGUUUUGUUCGCAGUUUUCCCCUUCUACGGAGCGGUUAUUUGGGAUUUUAAUACUUUCCCUGACUGGGCGGUUGAAUGAGAAAUCGUUUUAGUGAAAUUGAGUCUAGGCCUGAAUUCGUAUCGGUUCUCGAAUACUAAUGCUUUUCAGUAGUCGAUAGUCAAUAGGUAUUCAUAAGUAUAAAAAUCAUUUCGGGAAACGACAUCACUGCUAUUUAUCUAAAUAUAUAUUAUACAUAUAUAUAUAUAUUUCUAUAAAGACAUAUUUUAUCCUAGGUCUUCCUGCCAAACAUUGUUAGUUCAGUAGUUCUGAUAAUAAAUAUGCGUCACGCAUUCGAUUUUAGCAUUAUAAUAAGUAUUAUAAUAAUUUAUUGUACAUGGAAUUAUGAUGGUUCAAAUAAUUUACUAAAAUGAAAUUAGUUUUUACGCUUUAAACAUGUCAUAAACUAGGUAAGGUUGACUAUUUAAUAUUUAAAUAGAAUAAACAAUUUUAUAUUUGUGAGGCGUCAUAAUUGUAAAUUAAAUAAAUGAUGAAAAAUAUA